AGCCAAACAGGACGUUCUGUAAGAAGGUACCAAAUUAAAGUGUUUUAUUAUUUCCUGCAUCGGUAAUCUAAAUCUUGUAGUACGGUCGGUUUUCAGAAGUUGAGUUUUCAUUCCUGUGCGACAUAUUUCCCACGUAUAGCAGUAAAUUGUGGUAUUAAAAUAACUUUCAUAUUAUUUUGCCUCCUCAAGAUGACAAACUGGAUAGCUGCAGUUAUUGUUAUUUCAACGCUGUAUUCCCAACAUGCUACAAUCAACUUAUUUUUAUGGCUAGCCUCCAGUGUGCAAGCAACGCCCAGUGCUGCAUCCAAGGAAAUUGACGCUCCUCUGGUAGCAGUAGAAUCAGCUAGACAGAAUGUGUCCAAUACCGUUUCGGCAAGCCCUGGAUAUGGAAGUAAUUCGUCUAACCCGCUUGCGGAACUGGCAAACGAAUUACGAAAUAUGAAAAAUGACCUGAUCAGCAACUUCAGCCUUCUAAACUUGGAUUUGGCAGCCUUGCGCUCAAGCAUUACCGUUGUGCAAACUGGACUGGAUGCUGUGAAGCUUAGUGUAAUGAAGUGCGCGCCGAAACGAAGCAUCACAGAGUGGCCAGUGGGAACUAUGAAGCCGGAUGACUUUCUAAACGUGGAUGAAAAAUUCUGCUCCGAAAGUGGAAAAUUUUGCUUGCAUCUACAGAAUUCCGGAAACCUAAUACUAUACGACACCGCGACUUAUAAAGUUAUAUGGAGCAACAGAGUAAUUCUUGGAUAUUCUUGUACACCAAAGCUUAUCAUGCAAAGAGAUGGAGCCGCGGUACUGUACAUGAGAGGAACCGCAGUCUGGGCAGGUGGAGUCGCCGGCGAAAAGCAAGGAAACGGUUGGGUAAACACAGAUGGACGCCAGUUAUUUUUCCAUCAGGACGGUCACAUAUGCUUGAGAUAUCCUGCAAACUCCGGAAAAACCCAGAAUUGUGCCUGGUCCACUUUAGUUAACGAGGAUUAUGCUCCUGCUGUCGCUGUACCAGGCUUGCGAGUUGGAAACACGGUUUCCUCUUCCACCCAGUCGAUCGUAUCACUCAAAGAUCCCCAUAAAUCCACGUGGAUUUGUCUGUUGUUAGCAUUGACUUCAUUAAUUUAACUUGGAGCUAUUUCUACAAAGUUUUAUCGCAUCUGGUCCUUCAUGAACCCACUAAAACCGACACACUAUGCUGAAAAGGCAUAAUAACUACAAGCAGAACGCGUGGCGCUCCAACGCAAACCAAUUGUUGAGCUUUAUGAACUAAAAAGUCGACAGCGAAAAAGCUCCUCAGUUUGACAAGCUGAACUGCAUUUUGACAAAAUUAGAUCUCGUUUGUGUAAUUAUUCAAAACGUUACGGGUUCUUAAGGGACGAAGGCUACAAGUGUAAAUAACGCACGCGUGACCUUUGGUUACGAAAGGUUAAAAUGGUCUUCGGUUGGUCUUCGGUUACAAAAAGCUAAAAAGUCUGGUACCGCCUGUGUGGCCUUCAAUGACCAAAGGCUUGAAAAAGCGGGCGUUACGAUAAUGUUGCGUUAGUACGAAUAAUACGCCCCUGUCAGAGUGUUGUGCGUAGUGCACAGGAUAUUGGCGUGUUCGCCUCACCAUCACUGGAUCGGCUCACCAUUCGCCAUUCUGCGCACAUGCUAAAGCAUGUUUUGCCAUUCGAGUGCCAGCUACGGAACCGUCAACAUCGAUUCCUAGCAUAUUCUGAUUUCAUGCUCUUUUUCUUGCUAGAUUUUGUGAUUGCCCUUUGAUUUCUAUCGAAAUAAAGGUUAUUUCUCGAGGAGAUGUUGUUUCCGUUGUCGUUUCUCUGUACAGCGUAGACGCUUCUCCGAGAUGGUGGAGAUGCCUUAAGAUCCUCGUCAUUCCCUUAGUCUUUUGCACUCGAUAACGGCGUUCACUCAAACACGCCGCGACCCGGAAGUUUCCUCUCUUCGGACGGAGACCUCGGUCUACCAGUGACAGCCAGCAACGAACAGCAGAAGUAGGAAAACCUCCCACAGAACUGAAGCACGGAGCGUCGCUGGUUCGGAAGGCACGCGGCCGCCAGCAAGGAGAAGAACCGCGGACAACGUAUCAAAGUGAUAUUUCCGCAAUGGACCGCGAUCAGCGACCGAACCGACCGGUUGGCAGAGGUAAUCCUCGAUUCUUCGCCCCACCCGUAGCGGGAAAUCAAGCAUACCGCCCGAUACAGCGAUUCGCUGCCCCGAGUGUCCAGAACGUUCAAAAUGCCGAAAUGGAGGAAUUGCCGUACCAGUACGCGCCAAUGCGCUCCUGCAAUCGAUGUUCACUUAAUACAAACUAUCGGAAAUGCGUGGAAUGCACGCUGGGACCUAAUUACCGGUCAGAAAAUCCGCAGACCGUCGUCUCCCGAUUGUAUGAUGAAGUGCUUAUGCGCAGCCUGGAUGCGUACCGCACUGUAACACUACCGGAGUACUGGACGAUCGUCUGUGCUACACCAUUGUAUUACAAUGGUAUUUAUAAAAGCGCCGUUAAAUUCAUUGGCGAUCAUGCCGAUGAAUGGUCGUGCGCAACUCAUCCCGAAAACUUCGGACGAAGUACUGCCGAUUUGAUGCAACGCAUCACCGCACCACCAAAUCAGAAUUAUCCGACGAAUGUCGGCGGACAGCAAACGCCGUUUCAACAGCCAGUAUAUGGCCAGUGGCAGCCGCCAGUUAUGUUUCAGCAGCAAAGUCUGCCUUUUCCAGGAUUUCAGCAGCAACAACAGCCUAUUCGAUAUACGAAUAUGGCAUUGCAAGUACCACCGGGCACUUUGCCACCCGAGCAUAUUGCUCACUUACAGCAGAGCCUUCCCAGCGGAAGCUACCGGUAUGACCCGGAGACGAAAACGAUAACUCCGUGUCCAUGGCCAGCCGGAACAGCCCCGAAAGAACCACAACAGCGGCAAAUUAAUCCGCUGUUAGCGAAUCUUCCGCCGCUGACCAGGAAACCGUCAGUGAAUCAACAAUCGUCUUUGGAGCUGCUGCGAGUGCAGCCUGUACCCGUGAGUGAACCGGUUAUUGAAUCUGAGCCGAACUCAGGCGCUAGUUAUUCUAGCAACACUAGCAAUGCUAGUGGCAAAACUCGCCAUAAAAUUACUUACAAUUUACCGAAUGUGGGGAAAACCCCAGAUAAUUCUUUUGAAGAAGGCGAUAUUAUGCCCGGUAAGCUGAACGCAGCUGUUAAAUUUCAGAGGAAGAAGGCAGCAAAUUGGAAUGUUCGCGCAACGCGCGAGAAACCUACACCGUACAAGCCAGAUGCAUCUGUAUUAUUGAUGCCCGAGCGACAGACACAUCCGCAGCGUAUUCGUCGCGAUAUCGACGUUAUUCGUCGGGAUCUGGAUCAAUAUAUUGAUCGUGUCGUGUCAGUAAUUGGCACCGUUAAUGCAGAUCAAAGAACCGAAAUUGGCAAAGCCAUCAUUGAUACCUUAGACCUGUUACACACAUCGUUGGGUACGAUUUGCGUAUUCGCAAUUCAAUUAAUAUGUAUCAGAUCGAUUUGUUUCGACAAAUGGAAGUGCGGCGAUAUGAAACGCCGCGGCGUAAUGGACUGCGUAGCGCGCUGGAUAUUUCCCAGCUUAAGGAAAAACUCAUCGAAAUCUCCGUAGUAGAUUGGGAAUUAAUUUCCCAGUUUAAAAUCCUAUUUACCGAAAAUCCGGAGGAAUUCCUCCUACAGUUUAUUCUACCGGACACGGAUCCAGCAAAGUUCUGGUUUUUCUGCCGUGCCGCGUGCGCUAUGCAGCGUAAGAUAGCUCCCAUGAAAAUCACAUGGGACACCAUCCCUAUCGGAUGGGGAUUAAAAAAGUAUAUUCUGGUUAUCCUCUCCGCGUUAAUGGGCAACUGCCACGCUCACCAUUACGCCCGGACAUAUCGUCAGGCUGAGCAGAACCGCCGAUUAAAAAGUUACGUUAAUCGUAUGGGAGAGCCUCUUAGUGAGGAACAACAGGCGAAGGUCCUUAACGAUCUUUGCACGUAAUGCAAGUCGAUGGACUUAAAACCGAAGCUAUCCAUAAUGGACAUUAUGAUGGGAUCUAUGAUCUCGUCAAAAGAUUUGCGGAGCGUCAGGGGAAGCGCAAAGUCGCUCCGAAUUCACCCGAUACUCCAAUAGCGAGUCAAACAGUACAACCAGAACCGAAGAAAACAGUAGUGUUAAUGGACACAACAGAACCUGAGGAAACGCCGGAUACAGCUAAUGCUGCAACCGUAAUCGCAGCUAACACUGCAACCGCAGCGCCAACUGCGAAUACUCAAUCUGCAGUGAUCACUGCGCCGUCUAGCGGAAUUCCGCAAACAGAAGUUGUGGCGUCAGUGGAAGCACUGACGAUCGCGGAAACUCUGCCGAUAUUGGAGCAGCAACCCGCCGCAGAGGCGGACGAUGAGAUGACGGGAUCGGAACCGUCAAUUAGGAACAACUUCCUCUAUCCGACGAGACAAGCCCUUCGAGACCGGCAAAUGGAGCUGGAAGCGAUGGGACAGAGUGAAACCUUCACCGAAGUGGAUCAUUUGAUCUUCGCGGUGCAUAUUCCCGAUAACGACACCGAUCCACUUUACUACCCGGGUGGAAACGAUGAAGUGGACUUGCUGGAGGAUAGCACCGAAGUUAAGGCUACGUCUGCCGUAUUGAGCGACGCUCUUAACGCAUUAAAUGGAGAAUUGCAGGUAAAACCGCCGUAAAAGCAUUAAAUGCACCAAUUGCCGUAUUGUACUAAGUACUGCUAAAAUUAAAUCGCCGUAAUGCACAACGAAUUGCAGACUUAAUUUUAUUGAAAUCGCCGUAUUGUACUAUGAGUACACAACUUCAUAUUAAUCGCCGUAGUGCGCAAUGAAUCGCAAAAUUAACGUUAUUAAAUCGCCGUACAGUACAACGAGUGCAAAACGAAAUGGCCGUAACGCCCAACGAGUGCACCAGAUUGAAUUUAUUUCAAUCCUUACAAAUGAAUCGCCGUAGACGCACAAAUCAGUGCAUAAUACUUGGUUAAAGAACUGCCGUAGUGCAUUAAUUGCAGGAAAACGGAUAAAUAAAAUCGCCGUAGAUGCACUAUGUUGCACAUAUGUCGUGGAUCGACGCUACAAAGCGUAUAAUUGGAGGAAAAACUCCGGAAUGGAACCUGCAAAAUUAACACGGAUUAACGUGCGCGAUUUUGGAACUAAUCGGAAUGGGAAUUUAACGGAUUCUGUUACGAGUAUAAACUCGUUUUGAUUAAAUUUACGCCGCAUUUUGCCGCGUCUUGUUCUCACUAACUGUGAUGAAAUAAUUGGCACAUUUUUUUUAAUAAGAGUUCCUCAUUAUGUUGCAUAUAAGAUGCGUUUUUUCAUUUCUCAUUCCUGUUUUGAGCCUCAAGGGGCUUCGGCGUCCCGUCCCGUGGCAUGUCAGAGUGUUGUGCGUAGUGCACAGGAUAUUGGCGUGUUCGCCUCACCAUCACUGGAUCGGCUCACCAUUCGCCAUUCUGCGCACAUGCUAAAGCAUGUUUUGCCAUUCGAGUGCCAGCUACGGAACCGUCAACAUCGAUUCCUAGCAUAUUCUGAUUUCAUGCUCUUUUUCUUGCUAGAUUUUGUGAUUGCCCUUUGAUUUCUAUCGAAAUAAAGGUUAUUUCUCGA